AUGUCUGGUGAAGAGAACAAGGUGUCUGAUAAAGUUGCCGUCGCAGCGCCUUAUCACGCAUGCGAUUUCGAAGUGGGAAAUCAUGAUCGCGCACGGUAUGCUUACGGCUGGUUUUGCGGUUCAUACACCCGUUCCCUGUGUUAUUACUAUUCUAAUCCAGGACUUGCCCGCUUUGAUAGAAUACUGUUUGCAAGUGUCCUUAUUUUGCCGCUUCCUAUGUUCGAACCCCGCUUGUGA